AUGGCCAGAAGUAGGCCACAGGGCCCCGUGGAAAUAAUGGUCCACUGCAUGCCCGUCACCAGUUCACCACACGGUCCAACUUAUCCCCUAGUCCAAGGGUUUGGCUCAGCUCCACAUGUCAGCCAGCCAGACCACAUCCCCAAGCCUCCCCUUUCCCGAGCUCCCUCCCACUCCCACCCAUUCCUCGCCGGCCGAGAACCCCCUCCUCCGCGGCGACCAUCCACCAAGGCGGCGCCGGCGCCGGCGCCGCCGACGUCGACGCACCGAGAUUCAAUGUCCGCUGCCGCAUCCUCCGCGCUGCGCCCGGCGCCGAAGUGGGGCGGCGCGCCGUCGCACCGCCGGCUCGUGGAGGAGCACCUGGCCUCGCUCCCGCACGGCCUCCCACGCCUCCGCCACGUGCAGGAGCUCCACGCGCAGCUCCUCAAGCAGGGGCUCCACCGGGACCCGCGCGCCGCGUCCAAGCUCAUCUCCUCCUACGCGCUCCUCCGCCGGGUCCCCGCCUGCCGCUGCGUCUUCUCCGCCGCCGCGGCGCUCCCGAGCAGCCCGUUCGCCCCCAACACCGCCUUGCUCACCAAGACGCUACUCCGCGCCUACGCGCUCAACUCCCUUCCCCACGCCGCGCUCGCCGUGUUCGUCGACAUGCCGUUGCGGCAGCGGGACACGUUCACCUACUCCUUCCUCAUCAAGGCGCUCGCCACUGCGGGCCUCACGCCCGUCCGCGCGGCGCACGCGCACGUCGUCAAGCUCGGGUCCGUCGAGGAUACCUUCGUUGGAAAUGCGCUGAUCGACGCCUACUCCAAGAACGAUGGGCUCUCGGACGCGAAGAAGGUGUUCGACGAAAUGACGACACGGGACGUUGUGUCCUGGAACACGGCCAUGGCCGCAAUGGUGCGGCAAGGGGAGGUGGACGCAGCAAGGAGCAUGUUUGACGAGAUGCCCGAGAAGGACACGGUGAGCUGGAACACGAUGCUGGAUGGCUAUGCCAAAGCUGGGGAGGCGGAGGAGGCCUUCGAGCUGUUCCAGCGCAUGCCGGGGAGGAAUGUGGUGUCCUGGUCGACUGUGGUGUCAGCCUAUUGUAAGAAGGGCGACAUGGAGAUGGCGCGGGUUAUAUUCGAUAAGAUGCCGGCCAAGAACUUGGUGACAUGGACCAUAAUGGUCUCAGCGUGCGCUCAGAAGGGGCUUGUGGAGGAAGCAGGCAGGUUGUUUACUGAGAUGAAGGAGGCUGCCAUUGAACUUGACGUAGUUGCAGUUGUGAGUAUCCUGGCUGCAUGCGCUGAGUCUGGCUUCCUUGCCCUUGGGAAGAGGAUUCACCGGCAUGUGCGCCAGAGGAAGCUGGGAAGAUCAACCCUUGUAUGCAAUGCCCUGAUGGACAUGUUCUGCAAGUGUGGAUGUGUUAACCGAGCUGACUACAUCUUCGACACUGAGAUAGUCGAAAAGGAUUCAGUGUCAUGGAACAUUAUAAUUGGAGGGUUUGCAAUGCAUGGGCAUGGUGAAAAGGCGCUGGACCUCUUCGCACAAAUGAAGCAGCAAGGCUUUCACCCUGAUGCUGUGACGCUCAUCAAUGUUCUCAGCGCUUGCACGCACAUGGGGCUUGUGGAAGAAGGAAGGAGGUUCUUUGCCAACAUGGAGAGAGACUAUGGCAUUAAGCCUGAGAUGGAGCAUUAUGGUUGUAUGGUCGAUCUUCUUGGCCGUGGAGGGCUCAUUAAGGAGGCUGUCGACAUGAUCAAAAGCAUGCCUUGGGAGCCUAAUGAGGUCAUAUGGGGGUGCUUGCUCAGUGCAUGCCGACUGCACAAGAACGUGGAGUAUGCAGAACUGGCAGUGAACGAGCUGAGCAACUUGCAGCCCUCAAAUGCAGGGAACUACGCUGUCUUGUCGAACAUCUAUGCAGAGGCUGGGAAGUGGAGCGAUAUGGCGAAGGCAAGGGUGCAGAUGAAAGGAACAGGGUCUCAGAAAACAGCUGGCUCAAGCUGGAUAGAACUUGAUGAGGCAUUCCACGAGUUCACAGUUGGGGACAGAAAGCACCCAGAGUCUGACCAGAUAUCUGAUAUGAUUGAUAGGCUGAGUUCGCAUGUUAAGUUUGCUGGCUGUGUUCCGGUUGGCCAUGAACUGCUUGUUCAGUCGUUUGCUUUUAAACCAAACGCUAUGAUGGAGAGCAUGGAUAAGGAAUUGAGACCAUCAAGGUUAUCAGAGCAGCUAAACAAACACUAUGCUGCAAUUGCUAUUCCUCAAGGCCUUUAUUGCCUUUUGUUGCGUUUAACUGAUGAAUACUCCUCAAAAGCGUUUGCAAGGGAACAACUACCACCCCCUGAGUUGGUGCCUUGUCUUAUGGACAACUCCUAUUGCUAUUUUGUUUUAGCAUCAGAUAACAUCCUUGCGGCCUCAGUUGUGAUCAGAUCAACAGUUAGAUCAUCUCUGAAGCCUGAGAAGAUAGUCUCCCUUGUUAUUACUGACAAAAAGUGGCAUCUUGUCAUGAACCUGUCCGCAGCGCAUCCUGUGAAGCCAGCUUUCAGGGCCUUCUCUUGA